UCAGCGGCGGACCGUUUUAACUGCUGCACCCUCGUAUGUUUACACGUGAGGUUUGUGCAGGACUGUAAUUUCAAGCGUUAAGUGUUUAAAUCGCUAAUGCCGUUGUUUGACCUUACGGAAUAAAUAGACAUCAGUUUAAAAUGGGAAAACUAAGGAAGAAACACAACUGGAAGGGAAGAGAGCAAAGUGACAGCCAACAACCAGCAGAGGAACAGAAGACAAACAUUGUUGUGGAACUUCAAGAUGGGGCCAGGCUAAAAGGUGUCGACCAGAGCAAUGCUUUGGUCCUCCCAGCCACCAAAGCCAAGAAGAAGAACACCUCAGUGACACCUGUCCACACCAAGAAGCCGCUCACCAAGAAGCAGAGGAAGGAGCUGCAGAAGGUCCUGGAGCGCAAGGAGAAGAAAGCUCAGAGAGCAGACAUCCUGAAUAAACUGGCAGAGGUGCAGCUUCCAGCGUCUGAACUGAAGCUGCUGUAUACUACGUCCAAACUGGGGACAGGGGACAAACUUUACCAGACCAAACAGUUACCAGAUGAAAUAAAUGAAGGAGACUCUGGACCAAAGAUCAGCAGUCUCAGUGGUGCAAACAGAAAAAGAAAAUGGAAAGAAGAGGAGGACGAAGAAGAAGAAGAAAAGGCAGAAGACAGCAGUGAUCUGGACACCUCAUCUGAUGACGAAGAGGAGGAAAUGACUGAGACCACAGAGAUGAGUGAAUCUAAAGAAACCACCUCUAACUAUCAGGAGAACAAACAAGAAGUGAAGGAACAACAAGAGAAAACAGAACAGAAAGAUGAACAGAAUGAGAAAAAGAUUUCAGAUCAGGAAAAAGCCGAAAACAAGAUGUUGUCGCAGCCGGCGAUCUUUAUUCCUGUUGAUAGAUUACCAGAAAUACAGGAGGCUCGUCUGAAGCUGCCUGUGCUGGGGGAGGAGCAGGUCAUCAUGGAGGCAGUGAGAGAAAAUCCCUGUGUCGUCAUCUGUGGAGAGACAGGAAGUGGAAAGACCACGCAAGUGCCUCAGUUUCUGUAUGAAGCCGGUUAUGCCAGUGGCAGUGGAAUAAUUGGUAUCACUGAGCCAAGACGAGUAGCAGCUGUCAGCAUGUCCCACAGAGUGGCCAAAGAGAUGAACCUCUCCACACGGGUGGUGUCGUACCAGAUUCGAUAUGAGGGGAACGUGACCAGUGAUACGAAGAUCAAGUUCAUGACAGAUGGUGUUCUACUGAAGGAGAUUCAGAAGGACUUCCUGCUCCAGAGAUACAGCGUGAUCAUCAUAGACGAGGCUCAUGAAAGGAGCGUGUACACAGACAUUCUCAUUGGACUGUUGUCUCGUAUCGUCCCGCUCAGAAACAAGAAAGGCAUGCCCAUGAAGCUGCUGGUCAUGUCAGCUACUCUGCGUGUGGAGGACUUCACAGACAACACAAAGCUGUUUCGGACGCCUCCGCCCGUCGUCAAGGUGGAUGCUCGCCAGUUCCCGGUGUCUAUCCAUUUCAACAAACGCACUCCGCUGGACGAUUACACCGGAGAAGCUUUCCAUAAAAUCUGCAAGAUCCACCGGAUGCUGCCUCCAGGUGGUAUCCUGGUGUUUCUGACCGGUCAGGCUGAGGUUCACAAUCUGUGCAGAAAACUGAGAAAAGCUUUCCCCUUCAGGAAGGGUGACACAACCACCGGCGAAGACGAGGACGCCGACACCUCAGAGGCAAUGAGGAAGUUUAAAAAGGGCAAAAAGAAGAAGACUGUUUCGCUGCCCCGAAUCGACCUGGAUAACUACUCGGCCCUCCCGGUGGAUGAGGGGGACGAGGACAGGGAGGCAGGGAUCGGAGACGAAGAGGAUGAAGGAUCUGACCUGGAGCUCGGAGACGAUCCCGCCAGUACAGAGGAGAAGGCUGACCCCUCUAUUCCUCUCUACGUUCUGCCUCUGUACUCUCUGCUGGCUCCAGAGCAGCAGGCCAAGGUGUUCAGACCUCCUCCGCCUGGAACUCGUAUGUGUGUUGUAGCCACCAACGUGGCCGAGACGUCUCUGACCAUCCCUGGCAUCAAGUACGUGGUCGACUGUGGUCGAGUUAAGAAACGUUUCUACGACCGAGUGACCGGAGUGUCGUCUUUCAAGGUCACAUGGACAUCACAGGCCUCAGCCAAUCAGAGGGCGGGUAGAGCGGGACGAACAGAGCCGGGACACUGCUACAGGCUGUACUCGUCUGCAGUAUUCGGAGACUUCAGUUUGUUCUCAGAGGCAGAGAUCACUCGCCGGCCUGUCGAAGACCUGGUGUUACAGAUGAAGGACCUCAACAUAGAUAAGGUCGUCAAUUUUCCCUUCCCCACGUCUCCCUCUGCCGAGGCUCUUAUUGCAGCAGAGCAGUUAUUAGUCUCGCUGGGAGCUCUGAAAGAACCGCCUCGCGCCGGAAGGGUGAAGGAGAUGGAGCAGGCGAGGCUGAGCUGUCCCAUCUCCCCGCUGGGCAGAGCGAUGGCUUCGUUCCCUGUGGCGCCACGUUAUGCUAAAAUGUUAGCACUCGGUAAGCAGCAGGAUUGCCUGCCUUACGUCAUUGCUGUGGUAGCAGCCAUGACAGUCCGGGAGAUCUUCGAGGACCUUGACAGACCUGCACGUAAUGAAGAUGAGAGCUCCAAGCUCACCCAGCGUCGGGCUCGGCUGAUCCAAAUGAGGAGGCUGUGGGCAGGACAAGGAGCGUCUCUCCUGCUGGGGGACCUCAUGGUCAUGCUGGGAGCUGUUGGUGCUUGUGAAUUUGCUGGUGGUACUCCAAAGUUUUGCGAGGAGAACGGCCUGAGGUAUAAAGCCAUGGUGGAGAUCAGGAGGCUCCGAGGACAACUUACCAACGCAGUGAACGCAGUGUGUCCAGAGGUGGGAGUGUUUGUGAAUCCCAAGAUGGCUCCGCCGACAGAGCAUCAGGUGGUUUGCCUGCGGCAGAUUGUUCUGGCCGGACUGGGGGACCAUCUUGCGAGGCGUGUACAGGCAGAAGAAUUACUGGACCCAAAAUGGAAGAAUGGAUACAAGACGCCUCUUCUGGACGAGCCGGUGUUCAUUCAUCCCACCUCCGCGCUGUUCAAAACGCUGCCGGAGUUCAUCGUGUACCAGGAGAUCAUGGAGACCACCAAGAUGUACAUGAGAGGUGUGUCAGCGGUCGAAGCUGAGUGGGUCCCCGAGCUUCUGCCUCAGUAUUGUCAUUUCGGCUCCCCUCUGGAGUCGCCGUCACCCUGGUUCUGUUCGUCCACCGGCACCAUCAGAUGUCACCGUUCUAGCACCUUCUUCCGUGUCGCUUGGAAGCUGCCAGCAGUGGAGAUGGAAUAUCCAGACGGCCUCGAGCGUUACAAACUGUUCGCCAGGUUUCUGCUUGAGGGACAGGUUUGUCCUAAACUAAAAAAACACAGCAGCCACCUUCUCUCAAACCCCUCCAUCAUGGUGAAAACAUGGGCAAAGCUGCAGCCCAGGACGGAGGCUUUGCUGGGAGUGCUGGUGUCAAAAGGUGUCGACAGCAGAAAUACUCUCCUCUCUGUCUGGAACACUGAAGAAAAAUUUCUGUUGUCUGCAUACUGCCAGUGGUUACCUGAAGCCAUGCAUCAAGAAGUUGCCAAGAGUUGGCCUCCGAUAUGAAGGCUUGCAUCUUAAAAAAAAAAAGAAGGCAGAAAAUUAUAUUACAUAGUUGGUCAGAGACUCAUGCUAAUAUACAGAUCCGUACAACUCCCUUCUUUACCAUCAGAGGGAGAUCUGCACACCUUUGGAUUUUUUAAAUGUUCUCUCAAAGUGCAACUACAAAAUCACAACACUGCCUUUUUCAGUUUUGUAUUUUAUAUACUGUAUCUGUGACCUGUACAGUUUUCAACUUAAACUAAAUAAUGACUUUUAACAAUAUGCUGCUGUCAGUUAUGUCUGAUUUGGUCUUCAUAAGACUCAUUAAAACUGUGUGGCUCUGA